AACAUCAUUGGUGGGGAACAGAUUCUUUAUCGAGGGGCAGACAUUUACCAAGUAUAUCGAAUCCUUGGAGGCUUUUAUUUGAGAAGCUAUAUUGUCUGCAAGUAUCAACAUGACUAUGAUAUUGCACUUCUAAAUCGAGAAGUUCUAAUGUUUAAUAGAAGAAAUGGCAAACUGGCCCACUGUGCAAAAGUGGCCUGUAAACGUAACAAAAUAACCAGAAAAGGCAGAACCAGCUCAAAAUGGACCUCAAAAUGGGCUGGAAAAGGACGAAGUUUAGCAGUUAAAUGAUGGCAAAGAGUAACCUCCUUGAUUGUGGCUGGUACUACAACUCUCCCUUAGCUGCAAACAGUCGUACACGAGAGACGAAAAACCCAGUUAAAGGAUGUUUACAAAACAACAUGAAUUGUUGUGAAUGCGGUAGCUGCCGGGUAACACAGUGACCUAAACUAAAUUAAUUUUGCUCAUGGAAAUAUUACUCGGUGAAAUAUAAAUUUUGUAAUAACAUGAAGUCAGUAAUAAGUAAAAUCGCGGGGGUAAGAAAUGCUGGGCUAUUGUAUAUCGCCGCGAGAAGCCAGUAGGGAACCUUUCUGCCUCCGUGUGUCCCAGUCGGCACAAAGGUACCGAUGAGCCCGUGGGUUGUGCUUGCUGCAUUCUUCACCAUCAAAUAAAAAGUACAAAAACGAGAAAAUGACAACAGCUGACCUUCACCUCUUUUAUCCUCAUAAAGAAUAUCAGGCUUUUGAAGUUCCGCUACACUACAUGAAUAGGCUCACUUGGCAUAGAUAUUGAGACAUCUACCUGGGCCUUCAUUUUCCCCUCACUACAUAUGGGUAAAGACCGGGACAGUAAGCAAGACACAUUUGGGCAUGAGCGGCGGUGGCGAGUGGCGCUGUAGGAUGUCCUUACCGCAUUUAGGCAUGGCCUCAAACUUGCAGCCACAACGCUACAGUAACAAUUUGGACUUUGGGCAAACAGUCCCCCUUACGCACGCACCAGUUCCAACAAGCCCUGUUGUGGGCUCAGGAAUUCCGAGACAAGGACUCUACUACCAUUCAUCCAUCUCUGCUGCGCAGAAACCAUCGACACAGCCUGAACAACAAAUCUUCCAACACCAAACUUCCACCAAAUGUCAGGCGCAAAAGAAAAACGCUCAGGCGGAGAAGAAGCGUUGGCAAACGGCCGACUUUCGAUGGAUAUUCACCAAAAGAAAAGCUACAGGGCCAGCGUCCAUCAACACGAAAAUUCCUGAAGAGAAAGAGCAAAACCCUUCACCGAGUCAGAAGAAACGAUUCACAUUCACACAAAGGCAACUUGUCGAGCUAGAAAAAGAAUUCCAUUUCAGCAAAUAUCUCACGAGAACACGGCGAAUCGAGAUUGCUACAACUCUAAAACUCACUGAAAUGCAAAUCAAAAUCUGGUUUCAAAAUCGAAGAAUGAAAUGGAAAAGGGAGUUUAAGGAUUCCUUGCAAAAACCAGCGAACGGCGAGCCUACGUACCAAAACUCAAGCUUUGUUCAGCCUUUCCACAAUGCACCCUUCAACGGCAACCAUUCAACUACGAUGGCAUUAAACGGACUUGCGUACUAUCCAAGCUACAUGUCUGGGUUUGGGUAACCCCAAACCUAUCAAAUAACUUAUGAUGGUUGCAAAAACGGUUUACUCAGAGAACGACUUAGAGCACGGUAUAACCAUCCAAUCAUCCAGAAAUCAAAGCAUGUUAUUAUAAGCUUUGCCUCCUUAUUUAUCUCCAAGACAAAACAUGAAACCUUAACUUAAUACUACAAUGACUAAACAGGUUUAGUUCCCCCAGUAAGACUAGAUCAAGUAUAGCUAAAAUAACUAUAGAUAUACAGCAUUGCAUGGCUCGACAAUAGCCUCGUCCCCAGGCUACUCUCGAUCAGCUCUACUCAUUCGGAUUCAAAAUGGCGGUUUCAAAAUGGCAUUUUUCUGAGUUGCAAGAGAAUCAAAAGGUGAUGUCAUAAAAAGGCCACGCAGCCAUGAGACGCCUCCUGGGAACCAGCUAGAGGAACUUGUGCCAGCAUUGAUGCUGGGUGAUGUUUGUGCUAUUGCAAAAAUACCUGUCUCAAAUAUCUGCUGGAAUUAUUUAAUUAUAUUUAUUAUUAUCGUAUAAUCAUUAUUUCCUUAAUGAGCAGGAGCACUAGGGAGCGUAACUUCACUUCUGUAAGAGUUCAGAGUUGCAGAAGGUUCGAGAAAGACUUGAAAAAGCUAGACUUUCACAGCUUUUCUUUGGUAUAAUUUGGAAGGUUCCUAUAAUAGAAAUAAGCAGUGUAUACCCCGCCAAAGAGAACAGAGAAAAUGAAUGUCAACGUUACAUUGUACCUUUCAAAAUAUACCAAAGCUUUCUGUAAAGAUCUCUUACUGUAAAACAACAAGAUUUCGACCAUUAUUUUCUUAAAUUGCCCGAAGUUCGAAAAUAAUCUGUCUCUGGAAAGACACAAAAGUGGAUACUGGAUUGGAAAAUUUUUAAAUCUUCAAGAAAUGAACUAUUGAGAAUGCUCAUUCUAGCAUCGGUGCUGAGAAAUAAGCAGUGUAUACCCCGCCAAAGAGAACAGAGAAAAUGAAUGUCAACGUUACAUUGUACCUUUCAAAAUAUACCAAAGCUUUCUGUAAAGAUCUCUUACUGUAAAACAACAAGAUUUCGACCAUUAUUUUCUUAAAUUGCCCGAAGUUCGAAAAUAAUCUGUCUCUGGAAAGACACAAAAGUGGAUACUGGAUUGGAAAAUUUUUAAAUCUUCAAGAAAUGAACUAUUGAGAAUGCUCAUUCUAGCAUCGGUGCUGAGCUUUAAAUCAAUUUAAUUUAAAAAUAAUGUAUUUGCCCUUCGGAAGGUGGGCGUAUUACUACUGUACAAAAUAACAACUGCUGGUCACUGUACAAAAUAACUGUUGGCUACUGUACAAAAAAACAACUGAGGCUA